AUGUCUGCGGAGCCACUUCUAGACGAUUCUUCUAGUGUUUCGCUAACUAACAUAGAACUAAUUGACCUUUUCAAGCGAAGCCACUCUUCACUGCAAUCGCAGCCCUCCCACAGAUACCCAAACGAGACCUUAAUCUACCAUGGGUACAUCGGGUGUGCACCGCUUUAUCCCACAGCUGCCAUAUCGCUGCGCACUCUUGCCGCCUACCGUCAAAUCCAUCGGUCAUGUCCCCGAUUCAGCAUUCAAGCCCAAGUGAAAAGUCUUUGUUUCCUGCAUGAUACACCCUAUCGACCGUACCUUAACGCACAAUUUUCAGCCGCUUAUGACAUCUAUUUAGAAAUCCUUCACCGCGUGAAACAGCGUCAUCGCGGAGCACUCAAUCAUGACACACUGAAUUGGCGCAUGCUCAAUUCAUGCCCAGCUUGCUUCUAUAAAUUAGAGGAUGAGCCAGUGCUUGAAUUUGAUUGGCUGGUAUCGAUCGACGGCAACAAUAGUUUGAAGCGCUGGAACUCUACAAUUUACGGCUCAAACCCACGCAUUGAUUCUCGCAAGGCACGUUCUGAUUAUUGGAUUGAUACCUGCGACGUAGACAGGUUCAAGGAUGAAGUCCAAACACGUGAGUCUGACUACAUGAUGCAGAGGGACACAAAUGACGAUAACUGGGAGGACGAAACGAUCGCAGCUGAAGGCACUACCCCAGCAUUCAGUUGUGUCAACCAAUGGCGCAAUGCUGGUCCAGAGACUCAAAAAAAAAUGUUUUCAGUGUUUGAUGAAUCCGGGAUAUUUAUUGCAGCGUGCCGUCAUAGAUUUGUCGUUCUAGCUUGCGACAUGAUACGGAGCGGAGAAUUAGCAAAAUACCCGCUAGCCAUAAUUGACAAGCUCCUCGCCGUAUACGGGAAAAACGGCGGCUGCGCUUAUGAUAUUGGAUGCACAUUUUCAAAGACACUGACCAACAGUUCUUUGGGUAUGCGAGCGCGCGAGUUAGACUUUCGUCUCAUGGUGGGCGCGUUCCACGGACACGCCCAUAACCGUAAGUGCCAGCUAGACUGGCAUCCCAUGUACAUUCUCGGAACCGGACACACCGAGGGCGAAGGGUGCGAGCAUAUCUUCUCGUCAUCAAAUGAGCUUGCUCGUAGUACGAGACACGCAAGUCCAUUCCACCGGCGUCAGACUAUCGAAGAACAUUUCUUAUUCUGGGACACUGACAAGUACGCGACCCUUAGUGAGUAA